CACACCCGCAAAACGUCGAACGUCCACGGCGCACAAACCCAGGCCCCACCACACCCGCGAAACAUGCCGCCGCCGCUCGGCGCCGCCGCUCCCGCCCCGGCUGCCACCGCGCCUUCCUUCAUCCACCUCGCCCUCAGCACGCGCCGCCGCGUGCCCGCCCCACGUGCGGUCGCCGCCGCCUCCAUGCCCGCUUCCCACUCCUCCCACGAGCAUGACGCCCUCCUCCUCCACCGCGCCGCCGACGUGGCCGACCGCUCCGCGGGGCUCACAUCCCCGCACCCCAACUUCGGGUGCGUCAUCGCGCGGCCCCAGCGCGAGACAGACAGCGCCGAUUCCUUGGUGGUCGGCGAGGGGUUCCUCUACGCGCAGGGGACGCCGUGCGCCGAGCUCCUCGCCGCACAGGAGGCCGGCGAGCACGCACGCGGCGCCACGGCGUACCUCAACCUCGAGCCCGGGGACUGCUACGGGGAUAGCACCGCCGUCAGAUCGCUCGUCCAGGCAGGAAUUACAAGAGUUGUGGUGGGUCUUAGGCAUCCCUUGAAGCACUUGAGAGGGAAGGCAAUUCAAGCAUUACGAAGUGAAGGCAUUCAAGUUGAUGUUGUGGGGGAGGAUCUGCAGAAUAUAUUGUUCGAGGAAGCUCUGAAGUCAUGCCUCACUGUAAAUGCUCCAUUACUUUACAGAGCUGCUUUUCAUGUCCCUUUCUCUGUUCUAAAGUAUGCUAUGACUGCAGAUGGAAAAAUAGCGGCAAGUAGUGGACAUGCUUCUUGGAUAAGUGGCAAAGCAUCCAGAGGGCGUGUAUUUGAAUUGCGUGGCAGAAGUGACGCUAUUAUUGUUGGUGGAAAUACAGUGCGCUUUGAUGAUCCUCGAUUAACUGCUAGGCAUAUUAAGGGGCAUGUUCCAGUGCGUAUAGUGAUGUCACAGUCUCUUAACCUUCCUGAGGAAGCAAAUCUAUGGAAUGUUAAUGAUGCCUAUACAAUUGUUGCAACUCAGAGAGGUGCUCGGAGAGAUUUUCAAAAGAAGCUUGCUAGGAAGGGUGUUGAAGUAGUGGAGUUUGACAUGCUGAAUCCUAGAGAUGUUAUGUCAUAUUGUUAUGAUCGUGGUUAUCUUUCUGUAUUAUGGGAAUGUGGUGGGACCUUAGCGGCUUCUGCUAUAUCUGCGAGUGUUAUUCAUAAGGUCUAUGUAUUUAUGGCUCCAAAAAUAAUUGGGGGAUUAAAUGCACCAACGCCAGUUGGUGAAUUAGGGAUGAGUCAAAUGACCCAGGCCAUUGAUUUAAUUGAUCACUCAUACGAGAAGAUCGACAGGGACAUGCUCUUGAGUGGAUAUAUCCAACCCAUUCCUGAUCUUUCACCUGUUAUACCAUCUAUGGACGAAAUACCCUCGGUUGAUCCAGAAGUUUCUCCAUAUGAAACAAAUAUUAUUUCCUUUUAUAAGACUUGGGAUACCUUUGGGGCUUUCUCCAACUUUUCUCCUCAUCCGAUUCACAUGCCUGAUGAAAAUGGAGAUUCUUUCAUGUGGCCAACAGUGGAACACUAUUACCAGGCUCAUAAAUUUAUUGGUAUGGACAAUCCUGAAGCAAGAACCAUUGUCCAAGAAAUAAAGCUGGCAAAGAGUCCUGAAGAGGCUGCUAGAAUAGGAAGGACCCGACAAAAGGAGUUCCCUGAACUGGUACGGGCAGACUGGGAGACUACAAAAAUUGAUGUGAUGUACAGAGCUAUCAAACACAAGUUUUCAACCUACCCUGGUCUUACUAAUAUGUUGCUGUCGACGGCUGGCUCAGUUCUUGUUGAGGCAUCGCCCCAUGAUUUAUUUUGGGGUGGUGGGCGCGAGGGCGAAGGUUUGAAUUACUUAGGUAGAUUGCUUAUGCAGCUGAGAUCAGAGAUUCUGGGGACGUUUCCAGCAAGUGUCGAGGUGGGAGAGGCAGCUUGAGUUGCAUGCGAGGCACUCUUGUUUAGCAGGAUAGCUAAUUGAGAGGCAGGCAUUCAGGUCUGGCUGUGUCUCGAUUGGUACAGUGCAUCCGGUAGUGAAAGCGAGCGCAAUUGAGAUUUUGUUCGAGUAUCUAUGCUUGGUUCCGCUUUUCUUAACUAUCAAAAGAUAAGGUGAUGCUUUCAUGCCUUGAAGAAACUUA